ACCACUGGUUGGGGAUAUAGGACCAUGGGAGUGGGAUUGUCAUCCUGGAGGUCUGAAGGACACUGUGGAGUUCUGAAAUGACCCCAGGAUUUGGGAUCAGCAUUGCAGGAUGUAUCUACAGUUUUCUGACCUGCACUCCCCCUCUAGCCCUGCUCCAGGCUUUCCCCAGAUUCCCUCAGCCUCUCAUAGAAGAACCCUUCCCAUGUAACCCCGUGUGCACUAAUUGCACCCUCAGUGUGUCCCUCUUUUUCCCCCAGUGUCCCACCCAACUCCUAGUGGCCUCUCACCGCCAUGGCCCUCCUGGCUCACACCCUGGCACUGCUGGUAUUGGCUGUGGCCACCGUGGCCAUCAAGGUGGUGCCCCUGGACAUGGCCAGGGACUCCUUCGAUGACCAGUACCGGGGCUGCGGCCCUGCCAUGACCAAGGCAUUACCAGCACUCUACAAAUUUGAGUCUCAGAAGAAUCCUCUCUUUGCCAAGACCUGGGUGAAGGCUGAGGCUGAGUGGCGCAAGCGGGGCUCCCAUGUGUCCCCUCUGGCAUCUCCAGCCCAGGCUGUUGCUGUCAUGGCCUACACAAUGAAGUACCUGUACAAGGAGUUCAACGCGGCAGUGCACGUGGCCGGACGCUCCCGCCAGGAAUACCGGAACAACUUCCACUUCAAAAUGCUGCAUUUCCUGCUGACCCAGGCCCUGGUGACACUGAGGCAGGCUCAGAAUGGGCAGUGUCACCAGGUGUACCGGGGUGUGCGUGAUGUCCGGUUCCAGGCGCAGCAAGGCCAGAGGGUCCGGUUUGGUCAAUUCACAUCGACAUCACCGAGCAAAGAAGUUGCCCAGCAUUACGGGACCGACACAAUUCUCCAGCUCCACACGUGUCAUGGUGCAGACAUCCAGGCUUUUUCCUAUGAUCCUAGCAACCGAGAGGUGCUGAUCCCGCCAUAUGAAACCUUUCAGGUCACCCAAGUCAUCUGGGAUGGGAAGAGGACAUGGAUCUGGCUCCGCUCCGUCGGGACCUUCAGCAAAUACAACUGCGCAUUGCUGUGAGGUGACAGCACUGGGGACACCCUGGGGGGAUGCGGAC